GUGUUCGGAAGGGAGACACAGACACAGACACAGACACAGACACAGACACAGACACAGACACAGACACAGACACAGACACAGACACCGACACCCGGAGGCUGUAAGCCUCAGGCCUCGUUGACAGCCUGAUAGUAUAACCACAACCGCACAUGAUGGCUGGGAGGCGGCCUGACGGACGUCUGACGCGUCCAAUAGGUGACGGAGCAGCUGAACACGCUUCCUGCUUGAACCAAUGGAGAGGGGCGGGGGUUCGGACGAAACAGCAGGUUCGGUUGGCCGUCCCCGAUCAAGAAGAAUAAAACAAAACACGUUUUUAAUACGGUCAAGUUUUAUAUAUCUUGCUUCUCUAAGAUAAGGGAGCGAAUUCCGUGUUUUUUGCCUUGCGGAGAGGGCGGGUAUUUUUUUUUUGAAAACCGAAUACGUUAGGAGGCGCCGGUUGGAGCAAGAUGGCGGGCGUGACGGACGGACGGGCGGACCAAUGGGGUCCGCCCGCGGGCGCUUCCGGCGGAGGGGGGCGGCCAAUCGGUGCUGGUGUGAGGGGCGGGGCGCGUCGCUCGGGCCCAAGGCCGAGGCGUUUGAGAGACUAGAUGCAAUGGAGGAGGAGGUGCCUCUAUCGGAGAUUCCAAACCGAACAACUGUGACAGUGGCUGAUUCGGACAGUGUCAACACAGAGCCAAGUACCCUGCUGUACAAGAUCAAGGGCUCUAUCAGCAAGAUUGUUCAGUCGAAGGUGGACAACGUUCUGCAAGACGUGAAGGUGUUCUCGGACGUAGAGAAGCUGUACCUGUACCUGCAGCUGCCGGCAGGCCCCAGCCAUGGGGACAGGAGCUCCGGCAUCAUGGGCGGUGACCAGUUCUCCUCGAGCACGGCUGACCAGAUGCAUGCUUGCAACUGGAUCCGGAACCACCUGGAGGAGCAUCCGGAUACCUGCCUGCCAAAGCAGGAUGUGUACGACGCCUACAAGCGUUACUGUGACAAUCUGUCUUACCGACUCCUGAGUGCCGCAAAUUUUGGCAAGAUCAUGCGAGAUGUCUUCCCGAACUUCAAGGCUCGACGAUUGGGAGGGAGAGGUCAAUCCAAGUACUGCUACGGUGGGAUCAGGAGGAAGACCGUGGUUAACAUGCCGUCACUUCCCAGCCUGGAUCUGAAGCUCCCGGAGCUAGUCGAAACGAAGGAAGCAGACAAGUCGAAGCAGGAUGAAGUGCUGAUGUCGGCAGCCAUUAGCCUGAUCUGUGAGUGGGCCCAGCGGGUGUUGAUGAGGCAGUUCGACACGGUGGUGGACUUGGCUCGCUUCCUGGUCAAGGAGCACCUCAUCAGCCCCAGGACCAAGAACGCUGCCGUGGUGAUGAAGGAGCUGAUGAACGAGAACAUUCUGAAAUCGCCAAAGAAGGCAAAGUUGCAGCAGCAGCCCAGGAACACAGGUCAGAACAGUGAAGAGAAAUCACUCGUCUCUCAGGUGAGGGCCUGAUAUCACCUUCCCCAGACCAGACUCCCUCAAAAUACUUCACCCAGACCCAAAGGUGGUAAGGACGAGCGGCCGGGAGCACCGCGAGGUAAACAAGCCGCCACUGUGGACGUGGACAGUGUCAUUAACCGCUACCCCCCCAUCAAGCCCAAGACACAAGCCAAGAACCUGUUGGCCAUCCCGGCCGCCCCCUGCCUCUCUCCAGCCGCUUUACCCCUCCGUGGCCGCCCGGUCUCCCUGGCCCUGUCACCGGGCAGCCAGCCCUCUGGGGUGGUGCACAGCAGCGGGAACCCUCCCCUACUGAAGAACGUGGCUGUCCUCCUCCCCGGCGCGGUGCGCCCCCUCGCGCCUGAGGGGGCCUCCCCAGCCCCACGAGCCCCCUCCACCACCCCCAAGGCCGAGCGGGCCAAAGGCUGCCCCCACCCCUCCCCAAGGGGCUCCCCACCCCACAAGCGAGCGGCUGGUUCCCUGGGAGAGAGGCUGGCCUCCAAGAGGAAGAGGGGACGGCCCCGCAAGGUGGUAGCACCAUCGCCUCCUGGUAAGGCGCCAGGGGCUCCUCCCCCAGAGCCCGGGCAGCCUCCGCCUCCCCCUCCUUCCGUCACCCCCAUCCCCCCCACCGCCUCCACGUCGCUUUUGCCGCCCGCCGCUGCCGACAAGCCCCCGGCCAAGAUGAGCGCGCCGUCGGAGCAGGAGGCCCGCAAGACGUCGGUGAUCCGUCCCGUCUGGUGGACCGGCGCACCGGGGAGCAGGAGGACGAGAUCGCCAACGCACAAAGCCCCCGCCCAUCCCCAAUGACAGCGGCUUGCUUCCCCCUCAGCCCCUCCAUUGUCAGCUCAAUCCCUGGCCGAGAGAGAGAGGGGGAGAGGGCGGGGGGAAGAGGACGCUUGAUGUGUGCACAGCAGCUGCCAUCCUACGCCUGGGCCCAGUAACCGGUUCAACUUCGUGGGGGUUCCCCCCCCCCCCCAACCCCUGAGUUGAAUUUUGCCGUCCUGGUGUUCAGCGGACUAUUGGAAUGCCGAUCUGCUUAAGGACUUCUCUUACUGUCUUUUUUUUUGUUAUCUCCUCUUUUAUUUUUCAACCAGUUGAUAAUUUUGAUAAUUUACACAUCCUAACGUUACUGUAAAUAUUUUACCGGGGAGGGGGAAUAACCAUCUAAACGUUUGGCUUAAAAAAAAGGUGAUACAAGGAA